AAAGCGUCACGGUUCAGCUAAACUUACGCGAAUGUAUUAUAGAUUUUAGUCUGUUUUGGUAUAAGUUCAAAAAGUUUGUAAAUUCAGUAGCGUCUCGCAAUCAGAUUUUUUGAGACGAUUGAUUGACACCCAGAGGCUGUUAUGAAAAAAAGUCACUGACAAGUCUUUGAAGAUUAUCUUUCUGAUGAGGAAGGGCAUCGAACAAAAAAUUAUAAAAGAAGAAGGAGUGGAAAAGGACGGAUAUGUUGAAACUCCUAGAACGAAAGCUCCAAAAGUAAUAACCAAAGACCGUUGCAAAACUCCUGACUCGCCGGAAGGGGCCCGGCAAGCAAAUACUCCACAUUCGCCUUCUCAAUCUUCACCACCUACACGUGACACAUCUUCUCCCAUCAAUAAUGGCAACCCGAACAGUUUAACUCCUCCACCUUUACCUGCAUCCGCAGUAUUAUCGGUGUCGCUUGAAACUCCGCGACCCUUAUCGGAUCAGCAGUUCAUUGGUUUUGGCGGAUAUCCUAACAGACAAGUCUCAAAACUGAAGAAAUUCUUGAGCACUCUGGUACAAUUUGGAAACGAUAUCAACCAAGAUGUGGGAGAAAAAGUCAAAACACUGGUUUUAAAUUUAGUUAGUUCCAAUUUAAGCAUAGUGGAUUUCCACAAUUCACUGCAAGAUGUUACAAACUUUCCGCUGCGGCCAUUUGUUCUACCAUUUCUGAAAUCUCACUUACCCAUCUUGCAAAGGGAGAUCCUGACUAUGGCCAGGAUUACUAAACAGUCCGUUCUGCAAUACGUUCGAAAUAAUGACCACGUCAUUCUAGAAUCCACACAUUCACCGUCAGAAGCAUCGGACAUAUUUUUUCCCACUGAUUCUAUGCCUAUUGCGGGACUCAAACGAAGAUCUUCUGACGGAGUAUAUGAAAACGGAAUUAAUGGGCAACACGGUGGUAUAGACCAACAAGACUCGACACCUCAUUCCAAACGACAUAUCGGUACCAAUGCGCAAAACAAUCCGUUCUGGUUCAGUCACCAACAGAAUUUUUUUCUGCCUAACAUGAACGUGACAAGUUCUCAUCUGUUCGACUAUAACCCUCAAAAUAAUCAGUCGGGUGUUAAAUUGGAAGACAAUGGUACAUCUAAAGGGGACGAAGAGUGGAAGAAUAUCCAUGUCAUGUUGAACUGUAUAUUGUCUAUGGUCGAGAAAACUAAACGGGCUCUUGCUAUUCUCCAACAACGCAACGCCGCUCAUCAGGAUCCCACGUCCGAUUGGUUGAGGAAGCAAGACGUAAGUGUCGAUCUAAAAAAAGCUGCCAACGAAAUACUGUCACAGGCUAUCAGACAAACGGAAGAAAGGGUUGCGGACGUUCGCAAGAGAGCAGAAGAUGCCGUAAAUGAGGUUAAACGACAAGCAGUAGCCGAACUGCAAAAAGCAGUUGCUGCAGCCGAAGUCAAAGCUGGAGAAUUAUUGGCCGCCGAAAGAAUUAAAAUGGAAAAACUUUUAGUGGAGGCGCGCAAACAUUCGGAAGAUCCAGCGACUACAAAUCAUUCUGAAUUUGGAGAGAGUAACCAGUCGCCGUCAAGUCAACCGGCACCGUCUCAACAAAAUUCAUGCUGGAACUGUGGCAGAAAAGCUCACGAUACAUGUUCUGGCUGCAGCUUAGCCCGAUAUUGCGGUCCUUUCUGCCAACAUAAAGACUGGGAAAAUCACCACCAAAUUUGUUCAAAAGAAAAACGACAGUCUCUUGCUCCUAGUGUUUCGCCAGUCGUCGGAACGGCAGCAAUAGUUACUCAACAGACCGACUCUCGAACCAAAAAGUGACACUCAAAGAAGGGAAGAAAAUUUAGAAAAUGUUAUUAAAUGUCCGAUGUUGCACAUGUUUCAAAAUGUUGAUCCACACAUGAACCACGAUUAGAAAUAAUUCAGCCAACUCAUAAUGUUUUUUAAGUUAUUCCAUAUUAUGUAGAUAUUAUUUUCUAUGCAAAGCAGAUUUAAAAUUUAAAUAAACUAAUAAGUUAGAUCAAGUACAAGUGUACAAGUUCCAUCGACUGGAGUUUUUACUUUCACUGCAAUCAAAUUUUAAACAAUUUUGGAUCAAGGUGGUUUUAAUGAUAGUAUAAAAUGAAAAUGAUGCAAUAAAAAUAUAUAAGAUGAAACAGCUGUUAUGUUUGGGUAACCCCUAAGUGUGCAUUUUGAAAUCCUUGGGUGACAAAAACUAAUAACGAAAAAACUGACAGACCAAGCAAUUACUAUCAUCAUGUGGUAUGUCGUAAAAACAUAACUUCUGGAAAUAUAGGGCGCUUGUCUAUGCUGAUAAUUCAGGCACUUUUGAAUUCAAUAUAUGGAGAACGCAAGUGUGGGAUACUU